AAAUUAAUCUUGGAAUCCUACAAAAAGAACCAAUAUUUGACUAACGGGAACCGGGACGACCUCAUAAGCAUUGUCAUUGACGAAGUUAUUGCAAAUGACAUUAUACUAAGAGGGAAUGAUUUUGUGAAUUUGCUAGAGCAGAUAAUAAAUCUCUUUCCAAACGAAAAGGGUGCCCGGGAAUACUAUUAUAUUCCGCGCAAGGGUAAAAAAUGCCCUAGUGGAAAGCUGUACGGGAAAUACGUCAAUCAACGCAGUAAGAAAAGGAAGACAAUAUACCUUGAACAAAACACACCAUCACCUGCUUCCACGAAAAAUUACGAAGUUCCUGAAAUUGAUUUUACGAUAUGUAGAGCAUUAAAAGCAUCUCUCAGCAGAAGCAUUGCCGAUUGGAAUGAAGUCAGAGAUAAAUGGCAAAAUACAUUUAAUUUGCGACAGAAUGACUUAAAGGAACUGACCAACAUUGAUUUUCUCCAAGCCUGA